AUGGUACCCAAUGAACUCCAUCAGUACAUAGGGAUUAUCAGCUUGCUUAAGCAUUUUGGAUGGACAUGGGUUGGACUCUUUGCUCAAGAUGAUGCCAAAGGAGAAUAUUUCAUCAACAUCCUGGAGCCACUGCUUUCUCAAAAUGGAAUUUGUUCAGCCUUCACACAAAGAGUCCCACAACUAGUCCACUAUGAUGACUUGGGUAAAAUUAGUGAUAUAGCCUUAAAUAUGUAUGUACCAUUCACAGAUAAUAAAACCACUACAUUUAUCAUCUAUGGAGAAUCUUUGAUGAUUAUAUGGCUGAGAGCUAUCAUAUUUUUGCGAGAUCCUGCAAAUGAGGAAGACAUUUCAUUUAGAAAGGUGUGGAUCUUGACAGCCCAGAUUGAUUUCAUAUUAAUGGGCUUUCAUAAGACUUGGGGACUCCAGCUCUUCCAUGGUGCCAUUUCAUUCACAAUUCACUCACAAAAUCUUCUAAACUUCACCAAAUUUCUUCAGAGCAUUAAGCAUUCCCAGAGCCAGGGAGAUGGUUUUUUCAAAGACUUCUGGGAACAAGCAUUUGAUUGUUUCUUACCAAAUCCCAAUGUGCCAAUGAACGCCAAUGACAUAUGCACUGGGGAAGAGAGGUUGCAGAGUCUUCCAGGGCCUCUUUUUGAAAUGUGCAUGACUGGCCACAGCUACAGUAUCUACAAAGCUGUCAAUGUUGUGGCUCAUGCCUUGCAUGACUUUUAUUCAUCUAGAUCCAGGCAGCGAACAAUGGGAGGAAGUCAAAUAUUAGAACUUCGGGAUCUGCAGCCUUGGCAGCUUCACCCCAUUUUUCAUAGCAUUUCAUUUAACAACUCAGCUGGAGAAACAGUAUCAUUUACAGAUAACAGAGAAAUGCGAGGUGGAUUUGACAUAAUGAACAUGGUCACAUUUCCAAACAAGUCCUUCAUUCGAAUGAAAAUAGGAUGGGUGAAUCCUAAUGCUCUUGAUGGAAAAGAAUUCAUCAUUCAUGAGGACAUGAUCAUUUGGCACAACGGUUUUAACCAGGUGGUGCCUAUUUCUGUGUGUAAUGACUACUGCUGCCCUGGUAAUCAGAAGAAAAAGAAGGAAGGCGAGAAAUUUUGCUGCUAUGAUUGUGUUCCAUGUCCAGAAGGGAAGGUUUCAAACAGAAAUGAUAUGGAAAACUGCUUCAGAUGCCCAGAAGAUCAGUAUCCAAACCAGAACAAAAAUGGAUGCAUCCCCAAAAUAAUAAGCUUUCUUUCUUAUGAGGAACCAUUAGGGAUAAGCUUAGCCUCAGUUACUCUUACUUUUUCCCUGAUCACAAUAUUGGUGCUAGGAAUGUUUAUUCAACAAAAAAACACUCCCAUAGUGAAAGCCAACAACUGGGACCUCACAUGCACUCUCCUAAUCUCCCUCCUGCUCUGCUUCCUCUCAUCUUUGCUGUUCCUAGGAAAACCUGGGAAAGUGACCUGCCUUCUUCGCCAACCAACUUUUGGCAUUGUCUUCUCAGUAGCUAUUUCUUGCGUGUUGGCCAAAACCAUCACCGUAGUUGUAGCUUUCAUGGCCACAAAGCCAGGCUCCAGUAUGAGGAAGUGGGUGGGAAAAAGACUGACCAGUGUCAUUGUUCUCCCCUGCUCUCUUACUCAAGCAAGCAUCUGUACUGUGUGGUUGAUGACUUCUCCUCCAUUUCCUGCUCUAGACAUGUACUCAGUAAUGGAAGAAACCAUUGUGCAGUGCAAUGAAGGGUCAACUACCUUGUUUUACUGUGUCUUGGGCUACAUGGGCUUCCUGGCCAUUGCCAGCUUCAUUGUGGCAUUCAAAGCUCGUGAAUUACCUGACAGUUUUAAUGAGGCCAAGUUUAUUACCUUCAGCAUGUUGCUGUUUUGCAGUGUUUGGCUGACCUUUGUUCCAACCUAUCUGAGCACCAAAGGGAAAUCCAUGGUGGUGGUGGAGAUCUUCUCCAUCUUGUCUUCCAGUGCUGGAUUGUUGGGAUGCAUCUUUGCCCCGAAAUGUUACAUCAUUGUGCUGAGGCCAGAGCUGAAUAGCAGAGAGCAACUAAUAAGGAGAAAGAAGUGA